UUCAUAUGCAAUGCAAAUGGCCAAUGGGUGGGCAGUUGGCCCCUGUGUCAGCCCAAAGUGUACUGUCCCAAAGAGGACAUAUACUCCCAAAUGGACAGUUCGGUUAUGAUUGAAGAGAUCGGAAAUGUUUAUUACAUGAAUGAAAGCCAUUGGUUCGCAAUGAAUGACAGUUGGGUUCGCUAUACGUGUGGACAUGAAAACGAUAUAAUGGUUGGAAAGAGUAUCAGGAGUUGUAUGUCAGGACUGUCCAUAUCAGGCCUGCUGUUAGCAAUAUUAGGGACAUUCGUAGUGAUCGUAGUGAUAGUGUUUCGUCGGCACUCACGCCGUGUGAAUCUCGAGUUAAGGGAAACCCGUUAUGAACUUCAAGAGACUAAAAGAUAUUUGGAAAAUUGCGUCUAUGCUAACCCUGAUAACUAA